AUGAAUUUCGACACUGUUAAUAAAUGUUAUGAUAAUUGGAGUCGUUGUAGUCCACAAACACAGGUCGGCAAUGGUUACCUUUGGAAACCUUGCGAAGAGUACUGCCAAAAGUGCAAAGGAAAGGCAACCGGUAGUUGUGAGCCAGUGCAGAAUCAAAUGUGCAGUGGUGGAUUUCAGUGCCAGUGCAAAGGAGGUUCAUACCCCAAAUCAACAAAUCCUAUAGAUAAUGUGACUUGCAAACUUGGCCUCUGAUGCAAGUGG